UUUCUCGGCCUUUUGGCUAAGAUCAAGUGUAGUAUAUGUUCUUAUCAAUUUAAUAUCUGAUAUGUGGGCCAUGUGUUUACAAUGAUAUUAAAUUUAUUUUUUAUAGCCCUGGCCCGGCGCGCCCUAACCAAAUCAAGAAUUAAACUUUUUAGUUCUCUAAAAUGUAAACCUGUUGGGUUUGUCUCCAGUUCAUAGAAAAAGAUCUUCAUCUUCAUGUAUUCAGAGUUUGCAACUAGAGGUGAAGUAAUCCGUCAUUUCAUUAUAAUUUUUCCAUCUUAAAUUCCCUGCAUUGAAAUCUCCACUAGAGGUUGUUGGGACAAUGGAGCGACAGCGAAGACCGGUACAAUAAUUACAAAAGGGAUGGUUCCGAGUUAAACCUAACUCGCCAGUUCAUCCUGUACGGCGCUGCAAGGUGAUUUGGGAGCCACCCUAUCCAUCUGGCACGCAACGUCCACAUAGAAAGAGGGGAGAAAGAGGGAGGGAGCUAUGGCAGUGGAGGAAGAGGGAAGGAAAGGGAUCCCAUCUCUCCUCUCCUCCGGGGAGGAGAACAUCGCCUCCAACAUCACCCAGCUCAUAGGCUGGACUCCACUAAUAGAAAUGAAGAACAUUGCUAAGAAAGACGGCGUCGAAGCGCGGUUGGUUGGAAAGAUGGAGGCGUACCAACCCCUUUGCUCAGUUAAGGACAGGAGCGCUCUCCGGAUGAUUGAAGAUGCAGAGGAGAAGGGCUUGAUUUCACCUGGUGUUACCACACUAAUCGAGCCAACAAGCGGCAAUCAAGGAAUUGGAAUGGUGUUCAUCGCUGUUCAGAAAGGCUACCGGUUUAUUGCUGUUAUGCCUGCAAAAUAUUCACUUGACAAACAGAUGCUACUGAGAUUUUUGGGUGCUGAACUGAUCUUAACAGAUCCUGCAAAUGGGUUUAAAGGAAUGAUUGGCAAGGUGGAGGAGCUGAUGAAGACUAUACCAAAUUCUUAUUGUCUUAAUCAAGUCACCAAUCCAGCAAACCCAGAUGCACACUUCAAAUGGACUGGACCGGAGAUAUGGAAGGACACCGCAGGCAAAGUUGAUAUGUUUGUGGCCGCGGUUGGCUCAGGAGGCACACUGACAGGCGUAGGAAAGUACCUGAAGAUGAAAAAUCCAUCCAUAAAACUAGUGUGCGUGGAACCUUCAGAAAGCGCUGUAAUUUCAGGAGGUUCACCGGGGUCACACAAGAUUCAGGGCACGGGGCCGGGGUUCAUACCGGAGGUUCUCGACACGUCGGUCAUCGACGAGGUCGUGACGGUGAGCACAGAGGAGGCCAUGACGAUGGCAAGGAGGCUAGCGAGGGAGGAGGGCCUGCUGGUCGGCAUAUCCUCCGGUGCAAACGUAGCUGCUUGCAUCAAGAUUGCGAUGAGAGAAGAGAACCAGGGCAAGAUGAUCGUUACCAUAUUCCCCAGCGCCGGCGAGAGAUACAUGAACUCUGAUCUGUUUGCAGUUGUUAGGGGGGAAUGCGAAAAUAUGACCUUUUGAUGUCAUGGGAAGCUCUCAUUAAGUAGAAUGGGUGCUAUUUUUCAUGUGUUCGUAAGUGUCAGCACAAGGUACAGUGGAUCCUCUGUUCUUGCUUUUCGCAAAACAGAGCAUGCCUUUGCUUGUUGAAUGGAAGAAAUUCUAUACUGAUCUUCAUGGGAAGCUCUCAUUAAGUAGAAUGGGUGCUAUUUUUCAUGUGUUUGUAAGUGUCAGCACAAGGUACAGUGGAUCCUCUGUUCUUGCUUUUCGCAAAACAGAGCAUGCCUUUGCUUGUUGAAUGGAAGAGAUUCUAUACUGAUCUUCAUAA